AUGGCGUCGAGACAUGCGGCAGUUCAACAGCACAACGGAGGAGGAGAGGUGGCUAAUAAGCAGAAAAACAUGGUAGUGGAGAAGAAGAAUCGUCGUGCACUUGGGGACAUAGGCAAUCUUGUUACGGUUCGUGGGGUCGAAGGCAAGCCCCUUCCCCAGGCUUCUCGUCCUGUUACGAGGGGCUUUUGCGCUCAGUUACUGGCUAAUGCACAAAAUGCAGCAGUAGCAGCCGAGAACAAGAAUGUGAAUGCCAAAGGAGCAUUGCCAGAGAAAGGAGCCGUGGCUCGGAAACCGGCUCGGAAGAAGGCCACAGUCAAGCCCAAGCCGGAGGAGAUCAUCGAAAUUAGCCCUGAUACUGAGAAAGUAACCGAGCCCAACAAGGAAAACCCCACAGGAAAAUUGUCGAAAAAGAAAGCUCCGACUCUUACUUCGACUCUCAGUGCAAGAAGCAAGGCUGCUUGUGGGCUGAGUAACAAGCUAAAGGAGAAAAUAGUGGAUAUUGAUGCUGAUGAUGUGAACAAUGACCUGGCGGCUGUCGAAUAUGUCGAGGAUAUGUACAAGUUCUACAAAUCAGCUGAGAGUGAGGGUUGGGUUCACAGCUACAUUGACUCGCAGCCCGAGAUAAACGAGAAGAUGCGGGCAAUCCUGAUAGACUGGUUGGUUCAGGUCCAUAGCAAAUUCGAGCUCUCGCCUGAGACCUUUUACCUCACGGUUAACAUCCUCGAUCGAUACCUGGCCGUUAAGACCACCUCUAGGAAGGAACUUCAGUUAGUGGGGUUGGGUGCAUUGCUAAUUGCCUCCAAGUAUGAAGAAAUUUGGGCCCCUGAGGUCAAUGAGUUGGUGAGCAUUUCAGACAGGACUUACACUGACAAACAAAUCUUGGUCAUGGAGAAACAAAUAUUGGGGAAGUUAGAGUGGAGUUUAACUGUGCCGACCCCAUACGUUUUUCUCGUGCGUUUCAUCAAGGCUUCUCUAACCGACUCCAACGUGGAAAACAUGGUGUAUUUUCUAGCCGAGCUUGGGAUGAUGAAUUACACGACCCUUAUGUACUGCCCCUCGAUGAUAGCUGCCUCGGCCGUAUAUGCCGCCAGAUGUACACUGAACAAGGCCCCCUUUUGGAACGAGACACUUGAACUGCACACGGGCUUUUCCGAAAAACAGCUUAUGGAUUGUGCUAAGCUACUCGUUUCAUUCCAUGCGGCUGCGGGAGAUCAUAAGCUGAGGGGGAUAUACAAGAAGUACUCGAGUUACGAUCGAGGCUCGGUUGCGCUCUUGCCGCCAGCUCAAUCUCUAACGGUUUUCACAAUGAGCAAUUACUUCUCAUGA